AAUGAAUGUCUGGGUUUGCUCAUGUAGUAAUAGGCGAUUUCAGGUCGAGAGGUUUGGGGAUAGGGUCCAGGAGUGUGCGGCAUCAGUAAUUGGCUAACGCCGUUACUGGCUGAAAGAAUAUGCCGUGCUUUGUCCCUCCUUGGGAUACACGAGUCCUCCUGCAGCCGCGGUCGGCGCCGAUAGAACAUGAUGGCCAUCCUGAUAUCUUUGCCUGUGUUGUCCAUCUGCACGUUGUGCACCGCGUUUAUUCAUUUUUCAUAGGCUACCCAACAAAACAGACAUGGACAAAUUUCGCUAAUAAAAUGCGACCGGUCUCUUAAAGGAGAAUUUGUUGGAGUUUACGAGCGCCUUAUUUGAAGAACUACAACUGACAAGUGAUUGCACCGAACUAUUUGGUGAUAGAGUCCAUAUUUUGACACGCGAAUUUCACGGUGAAUACGUAAAGUUCGGAAUUUAAAUAUAUAUCAAUAUAUUGAUGACCAUCAGCCCAUCAAGCUGCAUAUUAUAGUACAGAAUGCAACGUAUCACAUAAAAAGGUUUCCUUUGUAUAACAUUAAAAUAAAAGCCUGAAAAUUUGUCAUAUUCAAAUAACAUUUUGCCCAUCUGUAGUUACAUUACCCAAAUGUGCCAUUUUUCACUACCCAUGCUAAAUUCGUGUAAAUAACAUUUUUUACAACGCGCUCAUUAAAGCUAUAUUAAGUUUGAUAACCUUUACUGUUUUUAAAGUUGUACUUGAUGUUUCACAAACUCAGUAUGCAGUUUAUUGAAAUUCUGUAUUGUACUUAAUUGUUAGACAGAUUUUUGCCCUGACAAACUUUAUGCUGUUUUAUCUAAACCAUGAUGCAUUUUAAGAAACAAUUACAUUCCUGCAAAUUUCCAAUAGGAUUUAAUUUAUUUUCUGUGGAGUGAGGAGUUACUUGCCGCCUGCUAUGAUGAGUGAACUAAAGGAUUGCCCUCUGCAGUUCCAUGACUUCAAGCCUGUGGACCACCAAAAGGUGUGUCCACGCUACACAGCAGUGCUAAAUCGCUCUGAGGAUGAUGGCAUUGGCAUUGAGGAGCUGGACACACUGCAGCUGGAAUUGGAAACACUGCUGUCCUCAGCAAGCCGACGCUUGAGGGUCUUAGAGGCUGAGACGCAGAUCCUUACCGACUGGCAGGACAAGAAAGGGGAUAAACGAUUUUUGAAGUUGGGUAAGGAACAUGAACUGGGUACUCCUGCCAAGCAUGGCAAGCCAAAAAAGCAGAAGCUGGAAGGGAAGGGCAGCCAUGGGCCAGGACCUGGACCAGGUAGACCCAAAUCAAAAAAUGUGCAGCCAAAGAUCCAGGAGUAUGAGUUUCAGGAUGACCAGCUAGAUGCGCCACGUAUCCCAAAAAACGAUGCUCCCAAUAGGUUUUGGGCAUCUGUGGAGCCGUACUGUGCAGACAUCACUGCUGAAGAGAUCAGAGUCCUCGAAGAGCUGAUAAAGCCCCCAGAGGAUGAGGCAGAAUACUACAAGAUUCCACCCUUGGGAAAGCACUAUUCCUUGCGGUGGGCUCAGGAAGAUUUGCUGGAAGAGCAAAGGGAGGGCGCAAGAUCAGCUGCUGACAAGAAAAAGGGCAUAGUGGGGCCACUGGCUGAACUUGAUGCCAGAGAAGUGGAUGCUUUAUUGAAGAAGUCGGAGACUCAGCAUGAUCAGCAUGAGGACAUUAGUCCAUUUGGACCCUUAACACAACGCCUUCUGCAGGCAUUAGUGGAGGAGAAUAUAAUCUCUCCAAUGGAGGACUCUCCUAUCCCAGAGAUGUCUGGUAAAGAUUCAGGAGCUGAUGGGGCCAGCACGUCACCACGUAGUCAGACCAAGAACUUCAGUGUGCCUCAUACCAAAUCUUUGGAAGCACGGAUCAAAGAGGAGCUGGUGGCUCAGGGUGUGUUGGAAUCUGAAGAUCGCCCCACAGAUGAUUCUGAAGAUGAGGUUCUAGCAGAAUUACAGAAAAGGCAGGCAGAACUGAAGGCUUUAAGUGCCCAUAACCGCUCCAAGAAGCAAGAAUUGAUGAGGCUAGCUAAAGAAGAGACAAAGAAACAGGAACUACGCCAGCGUGUUCGUGUCUCUGACAAUGAGGUGAUGGAAGCCUUCAGGAAAAUUAUGGCAGCUCGACAGAAAAAGAGGACCCCUACCAAAAAAGAAAAGGAGCAGGCUUGGAAAGCCCUAAAGGAGCGGGAAAGUAUUCUCAAGCUUUUGGAUGGAUAAAAAGAGUGCAACAUCCCCAAUCAUGUCCUCAUACCCCCUGUGCACAUCACAUUCUCAGACAUGAUUAAAUAUGUCCACAUUCUUGGGAAGGGGCUUUUAUUGUAUAUUCACUCUGUAUCAGAAAGUCCAUUACAUCCCAGGUCGUGGGUAGCAUAGCACUGGACCAUCAGAACUUCAUCCCCAUCAAAUUUUGCCCAGUUGCUAAAGGGCUGUGUCAUUUUGUUGAAGAAGAAAAAGCAGAAGAAACAUGGAUCAUGUGUGAAAGUGAUGGAGGGAAUCAUCUUUCUGCCUUUUUUAAAAAAAGUAAAAAGAUGUUUUAGGUGGAAGGCUGCCUGUGCUAGAACGUGAAAAUAAUUGGACAUUUUGGAUUUUUUGAAUGAGAAGGAAAUGCAAAUUAAAACCAGGCUGCAUGCUUUUUGUUCCUGUGCUUCCUAAACAAAUAUGGUAUAGCAUCAGCCUAUUGAAUGGAAAUGUACAAGUGCCAUCAGGAUAGAUAUGGUAUAUAUUAUUUUUUUAUCAUCUUCUUGAGGGUAAGGCUUUGUAUUCUAAAUGCCAAGUAGCAGAAAAUAAUUUUUGGGACCUUUGUGUUCAGUGUUGUAGAGCUUCUCAUUUGCCCAAAAACUGGGAAAAAAUCUGCUGUGUUAACAUUGUGGCCAUUUACAGUGUCAUAGAAUAACCAUGACGCUCUUGAGAUGGUCACAAUCCUAGUUUUUGAUUGCUUUACGCUGUAGUUAGAGAAGCAUCAUUUGAAUCAAAGUGGAAGAAGUCCUUUGCUGUUAUGAACACUCCAAAUGGGACCUAGUUUUAGUUCCCAUAGCUGUUGUGAAUUGGAGGUGUAGAUUUUAUUUACUUUUUGAACACUAAAUUUAAAAAAAAAAACAAAAAACUUUUGGGUCAGUUUUUUUUGAUUUCUUAAAUUUAGCUCUUGGAAAUGCAUCAUUUUUCCAGACUGUCUUAAUUGUGUGUGUGAUUGAAAAUUACUUUUGUUUCCGUGGAAUGUUUAAGUAUUCUCUUGCUCUACCCAAUGAUCUGUUUUUAUUUUUAUUAAAAGUGUUUGCAAUCCUGA